UCACUCGCAUCUCACUUUUUCUCUGUCUCGCUCACACACUCAUACUCACACACUCCUAAAACUCCACACACACUCUCUCUCUCCCGUACAGAACAGUCGGACCGGGCACCGCCAAGGCAAAGGAAACAUGAGUUACUCCAGCGACAUUUACAGCAGCAGCUCCUAUAGGAAGAUCUUCGGAGAUGCCCCCCGGUCCGGCCGAGUGGGUCUGGGCAGCAGCAGCAGCCCGUCCCGCCUGCACUCUGCCUCUGCGGGAUACCGCAGCAGCAGCCACCGCAACUACGGCUCCCCCUCCGUGAUGUCCUCCACCAGCUACCGCAGGACAGCGGCUCCCGGCCGCGUCUUCUCCUCCAUGCCGGACUCCGCGAUGGACCUGACCCAGUCCACCGCGGUCACCAACGAGCUCAAGAUCAUCCGUACCAACGAGAAGGAGCAGCUGCAGGGCCUCAACGACCGCUUCGUGUCCUUCAUCGAGAAGGUGCACAACCUGGAGCAGCAGAACAAAGUGCUGGAGGCGGAGGUGAGCAUGCUGAGGCAGCGCCACAACGAGCCCUCGCGCCUCCACGAGCUCUACGAGCAGGAGAUCCGCGAGCUGCGGGCGCGCGUGGAGGAACUCACGCACGAGAGGAGCCAGAUGCACGUGGACUGCGUUCAGAUGAACGACACGCUGGAGCGCGUGCGGGAGAAGCUGGAGGAGGAGACCAAGCUGCGCGAGGAGGCCGAGAACACCUUGAAGGGCUACCGAAAAGACGUGGACGACGCCACGCUGUCGCGCCUGGAGCUGGAGAAGAAAGUGGAGUCGCUGCUGGACGAGAUCGCCUUCCUCAGGAAAGUUCAUGAGGAGGAGCUGCAGGAGCUGCAGGCGUCUCUUCAGGCCACUCAGGUGUCAGUGGAGAUGGACAUGAGCAAACCGGACCUGACUAACGCCCUGAAGGACAUCCGGGCUCAGUAUGAGAACCUGUCAUCCAGGAACCAGGCCCAGGCAGAAGACUGGUACCGCUCCAAGUUUGCUAGCGUGACUGAAGCGGCUGCCCGCAACCAGGACGCCAUCAAGCACUCAAAGGAGGAGCUGAGCGAGUACCGCAGGCAGGUGCAGUCCCGCACCCUGGAGAUCGAGUCCCUCAGGGGCCACAACGAGGCCCUGGAGAGGCAGAUUGCCGAGAUGGAAGAUCGCCAUAGCAAUGAAAUUGGAGAGAUGCAGGAUACCAUUCAGGAACUGGAGGCUGCUCUGCGCAGCACCAAAGGAGAAAUGUCCCGUCACCUGCAUGAAUACCAGGACCUGCUGAACGUCAAGAUGGCGCUGGACAUUGAGAUCGCUGCCUACAGGAAGCUGCUGGAAGGCGAGGAGUGCCGCCUCAGCUCCGUCGGCGGAGCCAUGGUCCAGUCCGGCUACCAGGGCUUCUCCUACAUGUCGGCCCGCAGCUACACCCUCGGAGCCUACAGGAAGGCCGAAGCCAAGCCAGAGGAGGUGGAAGAGGAGGAGGCCGCAGAGGAGGAGGAGGACGCGGAGGGAGAGGAGGAGGGAGAGGAGGGAGAAGAGGGAGAGGAGGGACAGGAGGGAGAGGAGGGAGAUGACCAGGAGGAGGGAGAGGGAGAGGGAGAGGGAGAGGGAGAGGGAGAGGGAGAGGGAGAGGGAGAGGGAGAGGAGGAUGAAGAGGAGGAGAAGCAGAAAGAGAAGGAGAAGGAGAAGAAGAAGGAGAGCCCCACCGGCAAGACCAGCAAGAGCUAAACUGCUUGUUCCGACAUCAUCAUCUUCAAUAUCAUUAUCAAUAACACAUUCCUCAUCCCACCAAUCACGUCUAUGGAUCCGGUCAUUGGUCACAUCAUCUCCGUCACACACAAAUGCCUCACACCUACUGUCUCUGUCCGCGCUGUAAUGCAGAAGUGAUUAGUUCAAACUUUAGUAGAUGGAGAAGGAGCUUUAGAAGGAAAUAGAUGUAUUACACUGGCAGAAGAGUUUAAGUCAUUCACAUACUCUGCAGAGGUCGUCAUGGUUUUACAUCACGCAAGCGCAAGAGGGACGUGCAGAAAGCUAGCAUGAUGCCACAAAGUCAUUUAAGUUUAAAACGGGAUGAUUUUUUCCCUCACAUGAGCAACAGUGAAUGUGCCAUUGAUGAUCAAUACUUACAGUGACACCGAUCAAAACCUUGAAAGUAACCAUUGUAUCAGCACACAGACCUUAAGAUAAACGCACAGAGUCCAACUUUUACGGUGCUAUUUGAUUUUUACAUAUAAAAGUUGGGGAGUACUGUAGGUUAAAGAUUGUAUCAUAGACCAGAAGCUCUACCAGCUCAUUCCUGAUUGCACACAAGAUUAAGAGGAAAAACUGCUUCUAUUUAAACUGUAAGUCCAACCGCACACUCCCCACGACCGGUGAACGAUUUUCACUCCCGUCUUUCUUCCACACCUUUCCAUGACUCUCUAGUUCUGCAUCUCAUCCCACCACGACAAACGGAAAUGUACCACUAACCAUUUAAGCCAUUUUUCAUUCUCUUUAGUACACUGCAGUGUCACAGCACGUCAAUAAUGGCAACUUGGAGCUCAGAAAAACUGUAUAUAGAAAUGUGUUGGGGUAUGCUGCUAUUUCCAGUAGCUGGAAAGGAGUGCUGCAGCUUCUCCAUGAGGAAGUGCAUCUUUGGGAAUGAAAAAUGUAGAGUUUAAAUUGCCGCUAUAUAUAUAUAUAUAUAUAUUUUUGAAUCUUUGAUUGAUUCAUUUGUCAAUACAUGUAUCAGCCAUUUCACCAGUCAGUCAGUUUGACAUUAAGUCUUCUUCCUUAAUUUCUUUCCCAACAUUUUGCAUAGUACGUCAGAGAAAACCAACCCGUUUACUUUCUCCUCAUACAAGUGUAGUGGUGCUUUUGUUUAAUUUAGCUGGAUGAAGGAAAGAAGGAAGCGGGUAAUGGCUGUCAGUGUCAGGCAGCUGAUGAUGACACCGACAGCCCUCAUCUCCGACUGAUAGUGGCAGGUGUGGCAGAUGCCACAGGGGUCUUGGCUAUAUGGUAUAGAUAAGGGCUAUUUCAUCAUGAACCCAUUCUAUCACUUUGUUCUGAACUGUUUUAUUUCACUGAUGUUCAUCACUUCAUCCUCUGGGAUUUUCUUUUUUGACAAAUGAAUCAACCAACGGGCAUGAAUGCAUGGCCUGACUCUUCGAGCUUGAAUAUCUGCUGGAUGGGAUAGAUUUUUGCUUGUUGUGUGUUCAAUUAAAAAAAACUUGCCUUAACCAUGACUGAAAGUUAAAAGAAAACAUGUUUUCACAUCCAUCUCACUUGUUUCUGGCGAGGCUGAGGAGUACUGACACGUUCCCGACCUGCUGUACAACUGUGACUUUACAUGCUGCUAUCUCAUGCAGUGAUAUUCCUCUCAAAGCCAAAUAAAGACAUUUAUUAACCAAA